AUUCACUUACGCAUAGAAUGCCAUCUAGUAUAACAUAUCUUUAGAUUUUACGUGUCUACGAAUGUCACUUUGUCGGAAUAUCUAACCAGACUUUAAAACUUAAAAAGAAAAAAAUCAUUUAGUGUGUGUUGUACUACGAAAUGGCAAGUCAGAAUUACUUAAGUGAUCCAAAAAAUCCAUUUUUCUCUCUCGAAGAUGACAUCGAUGAUGAAACGUUUCUAAAAAGUGCACCAUCGAGAUCUACUCGUAUGACUUACAAUCAUUAUAGUAAUUCUGACAACGAAUUCGAACAAAAACGUCAACAAUUAUUUCAACGAAAAAAAGAAAUAGAAGAACGUACAAUACAAUCAACAGAAAGAUCUAUUUCUUUAUUAAGAGAUUCUGAACAAAUUGGAGCUGCUACUGCAGAGGAACUCAUUAGACAAAGAGAACAAUUGGAAAGAACAGAAAAAAGAUUAGAUGAUAUCAAUAGUACAUUAAGAUUUAGUCAGAAACAUAUCCAAGGAAUAAAAAGUGUAUUUGGAAGUCUUAAAAAUUAUCUCAGUGGUAAAUCAAUGGAUGCACCAAUACCAUCAACAAUAUUAUCAGAAUCUUCCAGUUCAGAAUCUAUGGCAUCUCCUGCUUUAUCUAAUUCUUUAGAACAAGUACAGACUAAUAUAGUUAAUACAAGUUCAGCAUUAAAAUUACGUGGUAUAGAUGAUGUAGAGAAUACAAAUCGUUUAAGUAAUAAUGUGAAUAAAAUAUUAGAAAAAAAUUUAGAUGAAAUGAGUGGUUCAUUAGCUAGAUUGAAAGGUUUAGCAAUAGGAUUAUCAGAAGAAAUAGAUUUACAAAAUGAUUUGAUUGAUAACAUAACAGAUAAAGCAGAAAAGACAGAUAUUAUGCUUCAGAAACAAAACAAAGAUCUUACUCAUUUAUUGAAGAAAUAAAUAAUAAUAUAAGAAAAAAAUAAAA